AAGCAGACUGAACAGAAGGACACAUUCACAGUGGGAGAUGAGGACCAAACAACAGUGUAUGGCAGCUGGGGAAGGUGACUAGAGAAGCUGGACUUCCGGAUGGAUUCAGCUGUCUUCAACCCCACCCUGCUAUGAAUCUGCUUCGUACACACUCUCACACCCACACCCACACACUUUCGCUUGUUAGCUCACUCACCCAGCACUCCUCUAUAAAUCCUACCCACACCUCUUAGUCUUGCUUCACCUACUCUGUGACACACUCUCUCACUUCACACACACACACAUAGGCGCUCGCCUUUCUGCAAAGAUGGAUGCUGCUCAGCAGUGCCGACUGCGGACCGCAGGAAGAGAGACUCAUCCGUGUGUGUGGUUUGAUAGUCCAUAGUCAACGUGUGGGUGUUUCUGUGAGGGGAGGCAGAGCAUUUCAUCGAAGCACGGCUGGUCUCUCCUUCCUCGGUCGCCGCGUUCUCCUUCUCUGCCUGCUGAUUUAGGAGAAAGCAAAUCUUCUUGGGACCAACUGGCUAUUUCCUUUGUUCCUGCUCCUCCUUUCAUUGGGUUGCUGAGGUGAGCUCAGCUUAAAUAGCUGGACUAAGGAGGAAUGGGAGUGCUGUGGGAAUAGCUGGACUAAGGAGGAGUGGGAGUGCUGUUGAAUUGGCUGGACUAUGGAGGAGUGGGAACGCUGUUGAAUUGGCUGGACUAUGGAGGAGUGGGAACACUGUUGAAUUGGCUGGACUGAGGUGGUGUGGGAACGCUGUUGCAUUGGCUGGACUGAGGAGGAGUGGGAACGAUGUUGCAUUGGCGGGACUGAGGAGGAGUGGGAACGCUGUUGAUUCGGCUGGACUGAGGAGGAGUGGGAACGCUGUUGAUUCGGCUGGACUGAGGAGGAGUGGGAACGCUGUUAAAUCGGCUGGACUGAGGAGGAGUGGGAACGCUGUUGAAUCGGCUGGACUGAGGAGGAGUGGGAACGCUGUUGAAUCGGCUGGACUGAGGAGGAGUGGGAACGCUGUUGAAUCGGCUGGACUGAGGAGGAGUGGGAACGCUGUUGAAUCGGCUGGACUGAGGAGGAGUGGGAACGCUGUUGAAUCGGCUGGACUGAGGAGGAGUGGGAACGCUGUUGAAUCGGCUGGACUGAGGAGGAGUGGGAACGCUGUUGAAUCGGCUGGACUGAGGAGGAGUGGGAACGCUGUUGAAUCGGCUGGACUGAGGAGGAGUGGGAACGCUGUUGAUUCGGCUGGACUGAGGAGGAGUGGGAACGCUGUUGAUUCGGCUGGACUGAGGAGGAGUGGGAACGCUGUUGAUUCGGCUGGACUGAGGAGGAGUGGGAACGCUGUUGAUUCGGCUGGACUGAGGAGGAGUGGGAACGCUGUUGAUUCGGCUGGACUGAGGAGGAGUGGGAACGCUGUUGAUUCGGCUGGACUGAGGAGGAGUGGGAGGUGCAGCAGGCGGGGUCAUGUGGAGGCCGUCUGGCAACAAGGACUACUGCAGCAGAAGUGUCCUUUUCUGCUUUUGCUGCGGGCCUGGGCGCAUGGCAGAGUCAGGGUAUGGUUCAGAGUCCAGCCUGAGGCGUCAUGGCUCCAUGCUCUCUCUCACCUCUGCUGCCAGCGGCUUCUCUGCCACCUCCACCUCAUCCUUCAAGAAGGGCCACAGUCUGCGGGAGAAGCUGGCGGAGAUGGAGACAUUCAGAGACAUCCUGUGCAGACAGGUGGACACCCUGCAGAAGUACUUUGACGGCUGUGCAGACGGAGUCUCUAAGGACGAGUUCCAGAGGGACAGAGUGGUUGAGGAAGAUGAAGAUGACUUUCCCACCAGCACUCGGCCCGAUGGGGACUGCCUUCACAACAACAAUGGCAGCAAAGAGAAGUUAUUUCCUCCGGCCAGUCCUAAGGGCAUGAAUGGGAUUGACUUUAAGGGCGAGGCCAUCACGUUUAAGGCCACUACAGCAGGCAUCCUGUCCACCCUCUCCCAUUGUAUUGAGCUCAUGGUGAAGAGGGAAGAUAGCUGGCAGAAAAGGCUGGACAAGGAGCUGGAGAAGAGGCGGAGGGUGGAGGAUGCUUAUAAGUCUGCCUUGAGUGAACUGAAAAAGAAAUCUCAGUACGGAGGCCCUGACUACGAGGAGGGUCCUAAUAGUCUAAUCAAUGAGGAUGAGUUCUUUGAUGCAGUAGAAGCCGCUUUGGACCGACAGGACAAGAUAGAGGAGCAGUGUCAGUCAGAGAAGGUGAGGACACCCAGACUGACCACGGUCCCCCUUGGCGACGCGUACUCCACCAUUGGAACACACCGCUUUGCCAAACAGCCCCAUAGCCACUCUUCCUCCCUUUCCUCUGUUCAACUAGUCAGUGCCUCAGAUGAUGUUCACAGAUUCAGCCUGCAGGUGGAGGAGAUGGUCCAGAAUCACAUGACCUACUCCCUGCAGGACAUGGGUGGCGAUGCCAACUGGCAACUGGUGGUGGAGGAGGGUGAGAUGAAGGUAUACCGGAGAGAGGUGGAAGAGAAUGGCAUCGUUCUAGACCCUCUGAAAGCCACACAUGCAGUGAAGGGUGUGACUGGACAUGAGUUGUGCCACUACUUCUGGGACACGGACGUACGCAACGACUGGGAGACCACCAUUGAAAACUUUAACGUGGUGGAAACCCUCUCAGAAAGUGCUGUUAUAGUCUACCAGACACACAAGAGAGUAUGGCCUGCCUCUCAGAGGGAUGUCCUCUACCUAUCGGCUAUCAGGAAAAUCCUGGCGACCAAUGAGAACGACCCAGACACAUGGCUGGUCUGCAACUUCUCUGUGGAUCACGAGAAAGCCCAGCCCUCCAACCGUUGUGUCCGUGCCAAAAUCAACGUGGCUAUGAUAUGCCAGACGCUGGUGAGCCCUCCAGAGGGAGACAAAGAAAUCAGCCGGGACAAUGUCCUCUGUAAGAUCACCUACGUGGCCAAUGUGAACCCUGGAGGCUGGGCUCCUGCCUCGGUUCUCAGAGCUGUGGCGAAGAGAGAGUAUCCAAAGUUCCUCAAACGCUUUACAAGCUAUGUCCAGGAGAAGACCAGCGGAAAACCCAUCCUCUUUUAACUCUUAGAGGUGUUGGGAGGCAAAAAUACCUUUUUGUCCUGAAGAGACAUGGCUACAUUUCCCAAGGGGCUACAAACUACAUUACCCAUGAUACCACCAUCCAGAAUGUUCCAGAUGAAAUGUGUUGACUGGUUUAUUCAAUUUGUAGUUACCUGAGCCCCAGAAAUGAAGGUCGUCCAGCUGUCCAUGGAUAUGGAUUUGUAUAUACGUUUAAAAAUGUCUAUGGCGAUUUUUGAAUCGACAGAACCAACUCUGCUUUUUGUAAAUUGUUUUGUACAUUUCCAAUUAUUACAUUAUUUUUGACUAUACUUGUUUGUUAGCUUUAACAGUCAUCAUCAAAGCUUCUUUUCAUGCUGCUAAUUUUGCUAGGAAAAAGAAAGAAGCAUACAGUGGCGUAGUGAGAAUGGCUACCUUCCUCUGGUCUAGUCCCUCUAGUGACGACCGGGAUGAUGGUCUGAGGGGGGGGGGGGGGAGCUUUGUACACUCCCUUAGGCUAAAAUCUCUAGAUUUGUAGAUCAAUAUAGCUGUAAAGAAGCACUAUGGAUGUAUUGUACAGAGACAGAAUUAAUUUACCAGUGUAUGUAAUGUGAAUUGAUUGUUAAUGGCUUGAAAGAAAAAACUAAUGGGAUUGGUGAACUGGAAGAGAAAACUUGUCUCUAUUUUUCUAAGUAAUCUUUAUGAUGACAACGAAGAAUUGACAGUAUGGAUGGCUGAGAUUGUUGAAUGUGACCCAUAAACACUGGUAUCAAAUGUUUGUCUCUACUGUUUGUCCCCACCUCAUCUUAUGUCCAAUUAACAUACAAGCUAUAUUGCUAGUUUACAGUUUAGCACAGCUUUGGAUGUUCAAAUGGAACCCCUUUGUGGCUUAAAAGGCUUAUAGGAUAGAGGGGUUGUUUGGAUCACAUGACCUUUCACAUACCAACACAUCUCCCCGUCUUUGAACUUUUCGUAAUGCCUUGGAGCCAAGGACCCACCUACUGAGCCCUGAGAGGCUUCAUUCUACUACAGUAUCACAGGACCAGUGGUGCAGUUAGAAUCUCACUACACUGGUUGUCCACAUGUCACAAGGUUUUGUUACCUCAAUUUUAUUUGUUUGUUUUUUGAUUUCGUUUAAACUUGUGAUUUUUCAAUGAACAUGUCGCUAAGGCUGAGGUUAGAAUCCACUUUUCAGCCUAAAGGGAUCAUAGUUCACAGAAUCCAAUCUGAAGAAUGCAUUUAGCAAUUUUUAAUUGUCUUUAAGGAAUGGACACGCUUUGUAUAUUUAAGUUAUACGUCUAAAGUGUUAUCAUUUGCACUAAAUGUAAUGCAAUUGGGCAAUGUUCUGUAAAUUAAAAUUGUUACACUACAGAAAUGA